AUGAGUGACAUACGACAUUUUUUGCAAAAGAAACGUAAGAUAGAAUCAAUUUCAUCAAGUAUAAAUGAAGGCAAUAAUGACAUAGGUAAUUUAAGUACUAAUAGUUCUAAUAGUAGCCAACAAAAAGAAGUGCCACGACUCCUUCAUCAGUUGACUGUUGGUGCUAAUAAAUUAGAUAUUGGACUGUAUUUGAAUUCCUAUGUUGAUGACGAAUUACGUUUAAAGUUAUUGAAGGACUCCUGGGUUCCUCCAAAAACAUAUGACUUCAAAAAAGAUUUGACCAACGACUCUACGAGAGCUCAUGAAAAUAGUAUUUGGCAUAAAGACGCAAUUAAUACGUCACAACAUUUUUUAAACUCAAAAGAGAGAAAACAAUUGAGUGUUCAUGAGCAAAUAGAUUCGGCAUUUAAUAGAGAAAUAGAAGAAAACAGGGUGAAACUUUGUUCUAUCAUAUCGUCAAUCGUAUUUUGUGCAAAGCACGAUCUUCCACUAAGAGGUAAAAAUGACGAAGGUUCCGUUUUUACAGAUUUAUUACAAUUCCGUGUCGAAUCAGGGGAUGAAGUUUUGAAUAAGCAUUUAAAGUCUGGAGCUAAAAAUGCGUUGUAUAUCUCACAUGAAGUUCAAAAUGAACUAAUUAAAACUUGUGCUAAUGUACUUAGACAAAAUAUUAUUGAAGAAGUGAAACUUUCAUCUGUUUUUUCGGUCUUAGCUGACGAGACUGGCGAUAUAAGUGGCACCGAACAAUUGUCAAUAGAUGUUCGGUAUUUGUUUUACGACGUUAAGUUUCAUAAACACAAAAUUUGUGAAGAAUUUCUUGGUUACUCGCCUCUUACAAAACUAGAUUCUAAAUCCAUUGCCAAAACCAUCAUUGAAUUUUUAGAAAGUUGUAAUUUAGAUUUGAAUCGACUUGUGGGCCAAGGAUAUGAUGGAUGCGCUACAAUGGCUGGACAUAUAAGUGGCGUUCAAAAAUUAAUUAAUGAAGCUUAUCCUAUGGCACUAUUCUUCCAUUGUGCUAGUCACGUAUUGAAUCUUGUAUUCAAUGAUUUAAAUAACGUAAGUGAAGUAAGAAAUACAACCGGGAUCAUAAAAGAAAUAAUAAAUUUUUUUAGAGAGAGCACAUUGAGUAGAAAAAUUAUUCCCAAUAUUCCUUUACUUUGUGGAACUCGUUGGUCAGCAAAAUAUAAGAGUAUUAGAAUUUUUGCUGGCAAUUUUAUUGUUAUUGUAAAAGCUUUGGAAGAACUAUCAAAAAGUACAGCAAAUGCAAAAACCAAAAUUAAAUCUUAUCAAUUCUUUACUGCUGCUACUACACCAGUUUUUAUUGUUACAUUGCAAGUAAUAGCUGUUUAUUCCGCUAAAUUUGAAUCAGUAUGCAAUCUACUUCAACAAGUUAAUAUGAAUUUGAAAACAGUGAACAAUCACAUAACCAAACUAGUUGAUAUUUUGCAGUUGUAUAGAAAUGAUUCGUCGAUCGAAUUUACCGUAUUAUUUGCAAAAUCUAAAGAAAUCGCUGAAGAACUUGAUGUUGAAAUACGUCCACCUAGAGUAGCUGCACGACAAAGUCAAAGAUCAAAUUAUUCAUCUACAAACCAUGAAGAGUUUUUCAGAAUAUCCAUUUUCGUUCCUUAUCUAGAAUCAGUUAUAUCAUCAUUAAAAGAUCGUUUUUCUAAAAUUCACAAUCAAUCAUUUUCUCUAAUGGAUCUUCAUCCCUAUGCUAUGAAAAACAUGAGUAAAGAACAGUUUAUUUGCACAUCAAAUGAUAUUGUAAAACUGUAUGGAAAUAUUUUGUCAUCAAAUUUGUAA